AUGUGGUCGUGGCGGCGAGAAGGGCAGGCAGCGACGGUGCGGUCGCUGCGGCGGGAAGGUCAGGAGGCGACGGAGCGGUCGCGGCAGCGGGAAGGGCAGGCGGCAACGGUGCGGUCGCGGCGGAGGGAAGGGCAGGUGGCGUCGGCGCAGUUGCGUCGACAGGAGGAGUGGCGGCGACGCGGCGGUCGUGGCGGCGGAAUCUGCGGGCGGCGACGGCGCAAUCGCGUCGGUGGGAAAUGCGGAGGGGGGCCGGAGCGGAAGGGAACGGGCAGCGGCGAGGAGGCCGUGGCGGGAGAGCGUCAAAGGCGGACGGCGACGACGGUGAGGUUGCGGCAGGGAGGGAGGAUGGCGGCGACGGUGAUGUCGCGGCAGGAAGGGGGGAUGGCGGCGACGAUUGAGGUCGUGGCAGAAGGGAAAGGAGGGCGGCGACGGGAGGGCGGCAACGACGAGAAUGUUGUUUCAUCCCUGCCCUCCUCCCUGCCCUCCUCCCUGCCCUCCUCACCACCAUCCUCUUUGUCCUCCUUCCUGCCCUCCUCCCUGCCCUCUUCCCUGGUCCUCCUUGCCCUCCUCCUUGCCCUCCUCUCCACCAUCCUCCCUGCCCUCCUCCCUGCCCUCCUCUCCACCAUCCUCCCUGCCCUCCUCCCUGCCCUCCUCUCCAUCAUCCUCCCUGCCCUCCUCCCUGCCCUCUUAUCUGCCUUCCUCACUGCCCUCCUCACUGCCCUCCUCCCUUCCCUCCUCUCCACCAUCCUCCCUGCCCUCCUCCCUACCCUCCUCUCCACCAUCCUCCCUGCCCUCCUCCUUGCCCUCCUCCCUGCCCUCCUCCCUGCCCUCCUCUCCACCAUCCUCCCUGCCCUCCUCCCUGUCCUCCGCCCUGCCUUCAUCCCUGCUGUCCUCCCUGCCCUCCCUUGCAUGGACCCUCCGUUCCCCCUGUUGGGUAUUUUUCUCGCUUGGCAUCGCGCCUACCACAUUGAGACGUCCAUGAAGAAUCUGCAAGACAUGGCUCAUGUGUAA